GCUCCCCUGUCAAAUAUAAGGCCUCCCCCUCCCCAAAACCCUCUUUCUCUCCUUCUCUCUCCUCCCUCAUUCUCGCACCUCUUCAAGAUCCAGAAAAACCCUAGAAAGCGCCAAACCGAGCAAAAGGGAGGUGAGAGAAAAACACAAAUCACAAUCUUAUAACAACUCUCAAUCUAAGUCGCUGCGAUCCGAAUCUAGGUUUUAUCAGCGAUUUCUCAGUAAUGGCAUCAGCAGCACAGACAGUCCCGGUGGCAACUUGCUCGCCUGAUAUUGUUGGAAAUGCUUUUGUUCAUCAGUACUACCUUAUCCUGCAUCAAUCGCCCGAGCUCGUACACAGAUUUUACCAAGAUAUCAGUAAGCUUGGUCGUCCUGAAGAAAAUGGGGCCAUGGGUAUCACAACGACCAUGCAAGCUAUCAAUGAGAAAAUUCUGUCACUUGAUUAUGGAGAAUUCAAUGCAGAGAUAACAACUGUGGAUGCUCAAGAAUCUUACAAUGGAGGAGUUCUUGUUCUGGUGACUGGGUAUUUGACUGGAAAAGACAGUGUUACUCGGAAAUUUACUCAGAGCUUUUUCCUUGCUCCUCAAGACAAAGGCUACUUUGUCUUGAAUGACAUGUUCAGAUAUGUUGAUGGUACCAAAGACCCAAAUGAAAAUGAGUGUCCUGCUGAUAAUGUUGAAACUCCUGUUACUCCUGAACAGGAUCCAUCUCCAGUGCAAGAGAAUCACAUUUCUGAGCAACAAGCUGACUUUUCAGAGGAUGUCAAUGGAGAGGACAGAUAUAAUCCAUCAGAAAAUGGAGAUGGCUCAAUCAUAGAAGAGGAAGUUCCAGUACCCGAGGUUGUUGAUGAAGUUCCUAAUGAUUCACCAAUGGUUGUUGAAUCUAGCUCUAAGGUUGAAGAAGUGCCUAAGAAAUCAUAUGCCUCCAUUUUGAAGGUUAUGAAGGAGAAUGCUGCACCUUUGUCAACUGCUUCUUUCCCUCCUAAGUCUGUAGCCAAGAGCCAAGAGCAGCAAACUGCUGUUGCUUCACCCCCAGUUUCUGUGUUGGAGAUCCCAGUUUCAAGCACAGUUGCUGCCAUUGAGAAUGGAAACAACCAAGAUGGUGAAGCUGAGGGCCCAUCUAUUUACGUCAAAGGUCUGCCUCAAAAUGCCACUCCUGCCAUGCUUGAGAAUGAAUUCAGAAAGUUUGGUCCUAUUAGGAAUGGUGGAAUUCAAGUCAGGAGCCAGAAGGGAUUUUGUUUUGGAUUUGUGGAAUUUGAGGUGGCAAGUGCAGUGCAAAGUGCCAUAGAGGCUUCACCUAUUAUGAUUGGUGGACGCAGAGCUGUCGUUGAGGAGAAGCGUUCUACAUCCAGAGGGAAUACUAGAGGACGACCUUCAUCUGGGGUAGGGACUGGAUAUAGAAAUGAAGGAGCAAGAGGGCGUGGAAACUAUGGCGGUGGCAGAGGUUAUAAUCGAGGUGAUUUUGGUAAUAGAAAUGACUAUAAUAACAGAGGCAGUAAUAGAGGAGGAUUUGUUAACCGUGGAGGUGAUGGAUAUCAAAGGGCGGACAAUGGUGGACGUAUGAACCGUGCUGGUGGGAUGACUGUUAAUGCGGCAGCUAGAUCUGUGGCACCGCGUGUUUCUGCUCCAGCUUGAAGGAAAAAAUGUGCAUCUGAGAAUGGUUAGGAGGAUUAAGGUAAAUUUUUGGUGUUUGUAGUGUAGGGAUUUUUAUCACAUGAUUGGUUGGAGGCAUUGAGACGGAAAGUCUUGAAUGUUAUUGAGGAUGAGGUACCUACAGCUUCCGUAGGGGAAUUUUCUAUUGGUGUUUUCACCAUUUUGUUUUUGGUAGAGUGGCUGGCUUUGGUGGUUUUGGGGGGGAUGGUAAUUUUUAGUUUUCACAGUAUAUACUACUGCCAUAUGUAUGGCGAGUUAUUAGUCCUCAUAUUUUCUUGAUUUUAUAUUUUAGCACCCCCUCUGGCCCAUGUUAUUGUUCUUGUAAGAAUGAAUUACACAUUUGGUUUUUUUUUAGCGGAAAUGACUGGUUCCAGUA